GGAGCCGCGCUGAGCCCCGCCGGGCCGGGCCGGGCUGGGUUAGCUGCGGCGGAGCGAGGGGGGGGUUGAAGCUCAGCCCCCGCCCACCCGGGCUCCCCCGCGGGGCUUCCCCCCGGCCCCCGGGGGUCGCGGCCAUCCCGGCCAUGCCUCCCGGAGCCUGAGGCCCGCGGCCGCGGGGCACCCGCAGCAUGCGGAGGAUCCGGCGCUUGGUCCAUCUGGUGCUGUUCUGCCCCUUCCCCAAGGGCCUGCAGAGUCGCCUCCCAGGCAUCAAGGUGAAAUACCUGCUGGUGGUGUGGCUGGGCAUCUUCGUGGGCAGCUGGGUGGCAUACAUGCAUUAUUCCUCCUACUCCGAGCUCUGCCGUGGCCACGUCUGCCAGAUGAUCAUUUGUGACCAGUACAAGAAAGGAAUAAUUUCUGGCUCUACUUGCAAAGACCUGUGUGAGGAGCACAGCCUUCUCUUCCAGCACUGCCUCUCCUCCUCUCCCACCCAGCAGGUUUAUGGUGGGCUCUGGAGGGAGAGGGAAGUGAUCAUCAAAUGUGGCAUCGAAGAAGCCCUGAAGGCAGAGAGCCACCCAGACUCGGGGCCCAGGAGGGACGUGGUUCUCUUUGACAAACCAACACGAGGGACUUCGAUGGAUGAGUUCAAGGAGAUGCUCCUGAACUUCCUGAAGUCCAACCUGGGAGAUCAGCCUUCCCUUGCAGCCCUGGUGAGCAGGAUCAUCUCCAUGGCAGACGUGAACCGGGAUGGGAAAGUGUCUUUAGCAGAGGCCAAAUCCAUCUGGGCGCUGCUUCAGCUCAACGAGUUUCUCCUCAUGCUCUCCUUGCACGAGAAGGAGCACACUGCCAAGCUGCUGGGGCACUGCGGGGACCUCUACGUCACCGAGAAGAUCCCUCACACCACCCUCUAUGGCUUGGAGGUCCCUCCUUUCCUCCAGUCCCUGCUGCCUUCCGUCGCCCACCAAAUCAUCCACCAGUGGUUUGCACCGGCCUGGCCCAGGAGGGCAAAGAUCUCCAUCGGCCUCCUGGAGUUUGUGGAGGAGAUUUUCCAUGGCACCUAUGGGAACUUCUACAUCUGCGAGACCAGCUUGAAGAACGUGGGCUACAAUGACAAAUACGACUUCAAGAUGGUGAAGCUGAGGAAGGUGGCACCGGAGAUGACGAUCAGAGGCUUCCUCAAAGGGCGUCACUGUGAGCAGAACGGGGACUGCACCUAUGGCGAGGACUGCACGGCCUCCUGUGACAAACUGCUGAAGCAGUGCAAAGGGGAGAUGGUGCAGCCCAACCUGGCCAAGGUCUGCAGGUUGCUGCAGGAUUACCUGCUCCACGGGGCACCUCUGGAGCUGAAAGAAGAGCUGCAGAAACAGCUCCGAACUUGCAUGACCCUGAGCGGCCUGGCCAGCCAGAUGGAAGUCCACCACUCCCUAGUGCUGAACAACCUCAAGACUUUGCUCUGGAAGAAGAUUUCAAACACCAAAUAUUCUUAAUGGGGGGAGCACAGCCCUGGAGUUUCGAAUCUGCAGUCUUGGAGAGAAGUCCAAGGGCUGAAGGGCACUUUCUCCAUCGUCCCCCCCAGAGGAAAAAUGCCCAAGGAGUUCAGCACAGCUGCAGCCCCUUCUCCUUCAUGGAAAACCAAACAUCAUGACUUCCAUCACCCAGCAGGACCAUCAGUACAACUGGCAGGAGUGUGCUGCAGAGAUGGGACAGCAGGAGCUGGGCUGGGCAGGCUUGGGGGAAGAAGAGGAGAUGGAAAGAGAUGAGGAAAGGGAACCCAGCUGGAGGGAUCUAACUGUUCUUGGUUAUGAGCAAAGAGGAAAGCAGUGCAGAGAGAUGGGAAUGAAUCAUUCAUGCUGUACUUGUCACAUCUCCUUUUGAUGAACAUCUCUGAUGUAAAUAAAUAGCUUUUACG